AGAAAAGUUGACGUGGAGGUGUUCGUCUACGAUGGCUGAUAUUAAAGUAGAACUUUCUGGUGACAGCUCCACUGUAAUCCAGAAUCCAAAUGCGUCUUCUCAACCCAAUAACCCGCUGUCAAGGAAGCUAAACAAAAUACUGGAAACGAGGCUUGACAAUGACAAGGAGAUGCUGGAGGCUCUGCAGGCUCUGUCCGUGUUCUUCACGGAAAACAGUUUGCGCACCAGGAGAAAUCUUCGGGGUGACAUAGAGAGACGAAGCUUGGCCAUCAAUGAGGAGUUCGCACGAAUAUUUAAAGAAGUAAAGGAGGAGCUUGAAAGUGUUCAUGAGGAUGUCCAGGCCAUGAGCACAUGUUGUGAAGAAAUGACCAACAGAUUAAAGGCUGCAAAGGACCAAACUCAAGACCUCAUAGUAAAAACCAACAAGCUUCAGGGAGAAAAUCACCGCCUGGAGGUGAGAGCUCAGGUUGCUCAGGCUUUCCUUGCCAAGUUCCAGCUAUCUCAUGAGGAGAUGGUCACACUGCGAGGGGCUCGGGAUGCACCCAUUACUGAGGAUUUCUUCAGAGCUCUCAGCCGAGUGAAGCACAUCCACGAGGAUGUGAAAAUCCUCCUGCGAACCAACCAGCAAACUGCAGGGUUAGAGAUCAUGGAGCAGAUGGCCGUGUUACAGGAGACAUCAUAUGAGCAGCUCUACCGCUGGGCUCAGAACGAAUGCAGGGGACUGACCCAGGAGACGUGUGAUAUCAGCCCUGUGCUGACUCAAGCCAUGGAGGCCUUACAGGACCGGCCUGUCCUUUACAAGUACACUCUGGAUGAGUUUGGGACUGCUCGCAGGUGUGCGGUGGUAAGAGGCUUCAUCGACGCACUCACCCGCGGCGGGCCAGGAGGAACUCCUCGCCCCAUAGAGAUGCAUUCACAUGACCCCAUGAGGUACGUCGGGGACAUGCUGGCCUGGCUGCACCAAGCCACUGCUUCAGAGAAAGAGCAUCUAGAAGCUCUGCUGAAACAAGUCACUCUGCAAGGUGUGGAGGAGAACAUGCAGGAGGUGGUUGGACACAUCACUGAGGGGGUCUGCAGACCGCUCAAGGUUCGGAUAGAACAGGUGAUUGUGGCUGAGCCAGGAGCUGUCCUACUUUACAAACUGUCCAACCUGCUCAAGUUUUACCACCACACCAUCAGCUCUAUUAUCGGGACUAGUGUGGCCUCCUUGCUCAUCACUAUGGAGGAAAUGCACGUGCUCAGCAAAAAGAUGUUUUUCAACAGCCUUAGCCUCCAUGCAAGCAGACUCAUGGACAAGGUGGAGCUGCCUCCUGCAGACCUGGGACCCACAGCCUCCCUCACUCAAACGCUGUCCCUCCUCAGGGAGGUGCUGGCCUCCCACGACUCCUCAGUGGUUCCUCUGGAUGCCCGCCAGGCUGACUUUGCCCAGGUGCUCUCUUGCAUCUUGGAUCCUCUCCUACAGUUGUGCACCGUGUCAGCCAGUAACCUCGGUACAGCUGACAUGGCCACCUACAUGGUCAACUCGCUGUAUGUGAUGAAGACAACGCUGGCUCUCUUUGAGUUCACCGACAAGAGACUUGAGAUGCUUGAGUUCCAGAUCGAGGCUCACCUUGACACUCUGAUCAACGAGCAGGCAUCCUACGUGCUGACCAGAGCCGGACUGAGUUAUAUCUACAGCUGUGUCCAGCAGCACAGUGCUGAACAGGGUGCUCUGUCCCUCCUCCCAAGCAUGGACAGCUCCUCUGUUAAAGCAGCAAUGGUCCAGUUUGAUCGGUACUUGUCAUCGCCAGACACUCUUGUGAUGCCACAGCUCAACUUCCUGCUCAGCGCGGCCAUCAAGGAGCAGAUUUUCCGUCAGUCGACAGAGCUGGUGUGCAGAGCCUAUGGAGAGGUUUACGCGGCGCUGACCAGCCCAGCUAACGGCUACAAAGACCCAGAAAACCUGUUGCCCAGAUCCCCUCAGCAGGUCCAGACCUUGCUGUCCUGAGAGACACUUCUGUCGCACCUGGUUGAUCUCAAAAGCACCCGGCACCGGGCGGCCUGCAGGUUAUUUAAAGAGCGGUGUAAUUUGUACAGUAUAAUAACACAAAUGUAUAUAAAAGUGGUUGUUAAGGUGGGGUUCUUUGUGGGAAAUGUGGGAUGUGGGUCACUGACCACAGAGAGAGACAUGUCUGUAUAUAGAGCUUCCUGUGCGCAAGGAGGAAAGAACAUUAUAUGUAUAUGAUCCUUUUACAUUCACUGCUGCAGGCGGUUGGCUCGUUCUCUUUCUCUGUGAAACUCAUGUGUCUCCUUCUUUCUGUUUCACACCAUGUUCUCUGUUUGGGGUCCAUAGUUUUAUAAAACAAUGUCUUUUUAUCGAAAACACUGACCAUUAUAUAAAACAAAAGGAUACACUAAAUUAAUGAUGCUUGUCUUAUUUUUCCACACUUAAAAGUGGUCGGGAAAAAUUCUGCCACAGGAGGAACCUCAGCGGCUUCAGCACAAACGUUGUUUAUUUUAAUCUCAACUGUUUUGAGCUGUCGGGAUAAAAUGGAAAGUCUGUCUUACCAUCUUGUUUGGUUUUUCAAACAAAUGUCUGCCAUGCUGACUAAGAUAUGAAAAUAAGACUAUAAUGAGGCUGGAUUUAGUCAUUUACCAUAAAUUCUACCUUUUAAAUGAAUCUUUGGCAAUUUAAAAGCCAUUAUGGUGUGUCAGGA